AUGGAUGCCCUUGAGCACAGCAACGGCACUUCUGCCGCUGAAUCCAUGAGGCCUACAAAGCCCAACCUCUCGUCCCCUCCUGAUCUGGACUUCGAAGACAACGAUCAGACCCCCACGGGACUCGUUCCCGAACCCACCUCCGAACCCGCAUUGGUCAAGCCUGUCCAACAUGGAAAGUCGAUCCAAUCAGGAAAGGCCGAUUCGGGAUCCGACCCUCACUCCGUCGGUCGAAUACUAGGACAAUCUACACGCUCCUCGAGCCGCACACCUAGAAGGUUCAGCGGAAGCACGGCUGCCAGUACUGCUGCAAGCUCUAUCAGCGAACUGGAAUCGAGCUCCCUAAAGCCAUGGAGAAUCGGAGUCUGUGCCUUGGAUGUGAAGGCACGCAGCAAGCCGAGCCAGAAUAUCUUGACUCGGCUCCAAUCGAAAGGCGAAUUCGAGGUGAUUGUCUUUGGAGAUAAAGUUAUUCUCGACGAAGCAGUCGAGAAUUGGCCCGUGUGUGACUUCCUGGUAGCUUUCUUCUCUGAUGGGUUUCCCUUGGACAAAGCCAUUGCGUAUGCUAAACUUCGGAAACCACUCUGUGUUAACGACCUGCCUAUGCAAAAGGUCUUAUGGGAUCGCCGACUUUGUCUCAGAAUCCUAGAUCAUAUGGGCGUUCCUACCCCGAAGCGGCUGGAAGUCAAUCGUGACGGUGGUCCAGUUCUAGAAUCAUCGGAACUGGGCCAACAUAUCUAUCGAUUGACUGGUGUGAAGCUUGAAGGCCCAGAAAGCGGAAUUGGUGGCGGAGCCCCUCGGACCCAGAGUGUCACGAUGUCCGAGGACGGUGAGGCCUUGAUUGUUGAUGGCAAAGUGUUCAAAAAGCCCUUUGUCGAGAAGCCGGUCAACGGCGAGGACCACAACAUCCACAUCUAUUUCCCCAACGACCAACAGUACGGCGGCGGUGGAAGAAGACUAUUCCGCAAGGUUGGCAAUAAAAGCUCGGAGUAUGAUCCCAAUCUCACCGUGCCAAGAUCCGUCACGGAGAAGGAUACAAGUUACCUCUACGAACAGUUCCUCCGGGUCGACAAUGCUGAAGAUGUCAAAGCCUAUACGGUGGGGCCAGACUUCUGUCACGCAGAAACCCGCAAAUCUCCCGUGGUAGAUGGUCUUGUUCGGCGCAAUACCCACGGAAAAGAAAUACGAUACAUCACGAAACUUAGCAAGGAAGAAGCGAUAAUCGCGUCAAAAAUCUCAAACGGAUUUGGUCAAAGAAUUUGUGGAUUUGACAUGCUUCGCGUUGGAGACAAAAGCUAUGUUAUCGAUGUCAACGGUUGGAGCUUCGUCAAGGACAACAACGACUAUUACGAUAAGUGCGCCAACAUUCUCAGGGAAAUUUUCUUGGCAGAGAGACGCAAAUUCGAAGGAACAUCUGAACCAUCUGAGCCGCCAUCGCCGGAAAUGGGCCCCUCCAGAAGAAGCACUGCGGGAUCUCAUCGUCACUCUCUGAAGUCCCUAUUGAAGUCCCCCAGUGCUUCCAGGCUUUAUGGCCAGAACCAGAAGUCUACUGAAACUUCAGAGUCCUGUACUCCAUCACUUGCGUCAUCUGCGGUAGAAAGUACUGAUGUUGGCGCUGCUCUCAGCAAGCUGAAUUCUCGGGAAGGCCACUCCCCUUAUAAUACCUCGAAGCCGAAAUCUCCGGCUCUUUCGGUACAGCAUGCUAAUGACGAAACACUGCCACCCCUCCCUGCUUCCAAACACUCUUGGAAGUUGAAAGGCAUGGUGGCGGUGAUUCGACACGCAGACCGGACUCCAAAGCAAAAAUUCAAAUUUACUUUCCAUAGUCAGCCCUUCGUGAAUCUAUUGAAAGGGCAUCAGGAGGAGAUCGUGAUCAAGGGGGAAGCUGCACUGGCCAGCGUUUCCGACGCCGUCAAACAAGCUAUGGAUAAGGGGCUGGAAGACAUGGAAAAGCUCAAGCUGCUCCGCACCUCCCUCGAGAAAAAGGGUGGUUGGCCUGGAACAAAAGUGCAGAUCAAGCCAAUGUUCCGGAAACGAACCCCAGAAGAAAUGAGAGCACAGGGACGAGUUCCAAUUUCGUCUCCAUUGCCUGAGAACACGCCCAGUGAAGAGCCUCUUUCACCCGUGGCGAGUGAGGGCCUGGCGCCAGACAACGAUGAAUUGCGGAGGUCACAGACACGAAGUGAUUCUAUCUCAGAUGCAACAUUCUCUCGGUUCUCUGCCGCCGAAAAUGACUUGAUCCUGGAUAAAUUACAGCUUGUGAUCAAAUGGGGUGGCGAGCCCACGCAUGCCGCACGUUACCAAUCCCAGGAUCUUGGACUGAAUAUGCGGGAUGAUCUCAAGUUGCUGAACAAGGAAGCAUUGAAUAAUGUUCGUCUGUUUACCAGUUCCGAACGUAGAGUGAGCACUAGUGCACAAAUUUGGGCCUGCUCGUUUUUGGACCAGAAGGACAUCCCUGAAGACUUGAUACAGGUCCGGAAGGAUCUGCUUGACGAUUCUAAUGCCGCCAAGGAUGUCAUGGACAAAGUCAAGAAAAAGUUGAAAUUACUACUGCGAGAAGGAUCUGCACCCUCGCAGUUCGCUUGGCCCAAAGACAGCAACAUCCCAGAACCUUCGGUCGUCCUUGCCACGGUGGUUGAACUGAUGAAGUUCCAUCGGAGCGUCAUGCGAUACAACUACGAGAGAGUCAACAGCUCGUCAUCCGGUUUCCCGACUUCCUCCGAUGAUUCUGGAGCCGCGAGCCGGCCAACCUCUGGGGAUCAGCUUGAUAUAUCUAAUAUACAGGGCCGCUGGUGUGCUGGCGAAGAUCCUCGACUCUUCAAGGAGCGAUGGGAAAAGCUCUUUGCGGAGUUCUGUGACACCGAAAAGGUCGACCCGAGCAAGCUUUCCGAGCUCUACGAUAGUAUGAAAUUUGAUGCACUACACAACAGACAGUUUUUGGAGUGGGUCUUCAUGCCCCCGGACAAUGCCCAGGAUGGUGAAGAAGAUCAAAAAAGCAAGCUCACAACAAAGAUGGACGCAAGCGCAGAGGUAAAAGUCGGACCGGAAAUCGGGAAUGAGAAGGCCGAAGAACGCGCUGAGGGUCAGACGUUCGCUCAUCGCUUUGGCUUGAAGCGGCGCAUUCACGCUCUCGAGGCAUUGCCGCAUCUUCGAGCACUCGAUGAUUCAUACGACCAUUAUUUCAAGCUUUUCCCCGGCCCCAAAUCUUCUGUAAGCAAGAUGGAUGAGCGGCUCUCGAAGCUUCGGGAACUAUACAAAUUGUCCAAGGUCUUGUUUGAUUAUGUGACGCCUCAAGAAUAUGGUAUCACCGACAGUGAGAAACUAGAGAUUGGCCUCCUGACAUCUCUUCCUCUUCUUCAAGAAAUUGUUCGUGAUCUGGAAGAGGUGCAGGCUUCGCAGGAUGCCAAGUCUUUCUUCUACUUCACCAAGGAAUCCCACAUCUACACCCUCUUGAACUGCAUCUUAGAAGGUGGAAUUCAAACCAAGAUCGCUAGAAGCGCCAUCCCGGAACUUGACUAUCUCUCUCAGAUUUGCUUCGAGUUAUACGAGGCUCGUGACAGUGAAUCGGAUUCCUACUCUUACUCCAUCCGCAUCUCGGUCAGCCCAGGUUGUCACGCCUUCGACCCGCUUGACGUGCAACUCGAUUCCCGGCACGCCAUCGGCUGCGCCCCGCGACGAAGCCUGACAGCUCAUCAGGAUUGGAAGGAGGUGAUUGAGACGCUCAAGGCGAAAUUUGACACUGUAAAACUACCUAAAACCUUCAUUGCGGUAAACCUGAGUGACAAGCACAUUUCCCACGAUGAGAACUCGCCAACACCCUCGCGUGGCAUCUCCCCGACCCAAUACUGA